CACACCGUCAUCACCCGUCUGUUGUUAUUGAUUUGAUUGAGACUCCUAGAGGCUGAAAUUACACAUUGUGUAUUUAAGGGGAUCGAUAACUCUGGUUCACACUCCAACACAGCAGGCGGCGGUAAUGCGCCUCAACGCUGGCUGCCGCCAUCAGACAGGAAACAGAAGAAGAAGAAGAACGAAAAAGAAGAAGAAGAAGAAGAAGAAGAGGAGCAGCAGCGAGCUGUUAGCAGCAGGUCUCUGUCACCAUGGAGACCCACACUGAGGUUGCCAUGGCGAACAAGACAGAGAUCCACGCCGCUGACCGGACCUCCUCUCCUAACGAAGAGCCAGCAAAGCUCACCGGCCGCCGGCCCCGCCGCCUCGCUGCCAUCACCGUAGGGAGGCGGGGCCAGAGAGGGAAAAGGCGGGGCCCUGUAGAUAAGGGGCGUGGUCCAAUAGAGAAGAGGCGUGGUCAAAAGGAGAAGAGGCGGGGCCAGGAAGAGAAGAAAGAGGGUGUGACGGUGAAGAGGACGUGGAGCGGCGGGAAGCGGCGGUGGAAUAAGAAACAUUACUGUGUGUUCUGCCGCCGGCCACAGGUAAAGAUUGCUCGCCACCUGCUGAGGAAACACGCCGAUCAACAGGAAGUGGUCGCUGCCAGCACGCUUCCCACUGGAUCCAAAGAACGCCACCUGCUGCUGGAACAGCUGCGCUGUAAAGGGAACUACCUGCACAACAUAGAGGUGAUCAGACAGGGCAGUGGUGAGAUCGUGCCGUGUCGUCAGCCAUCAGAGGACGUGGAUGCGAGGAACUACCUUCCCUGCCCGCUGUGCCUCGGCUUCUUUCUGCGCGCCGACCUCUGGAAACAUCAGGCCUCCUGCCGCAAGAAGCUGACCUCUGACCUCUCCAGAGACCCUGCCUCCUACCUCACCGCAGAGACCACCUCUGACCCUGUUAAGGACAUGACCUCUGACCCCAUUAAGGACUUGACAUCUGAGCCUGUUAAGAACACGACCUCUGAUCCUGUUAAGGACUCGACCUCUGACCCCGUUAAGCACACGACCUCUGACGUUACAGGUGAGUUGGGCUGUGAUCCAGCAGGUGAAAGGACCGCUAAUUUUACAGAGGACACGCCUCCUGAUCCCCCAGGAGACGUGUCCAUAGUGGACCAGACUGGGACCAAACGGCCUGUGACCUCUGACCCCGGGGCAGAGCAGAGCAUAACCUCUGACCCCGAUGGGCAGCAGAACCUGACCUCUGAAACCGGGGCGGAGCAGCCCAGGAAGCGCUACAGGGUUCAGGCUGCGGCGUCCCGCCUCCUGCCAAUCUCAAGCGGGGCGUCUGAGAGCUGCAGCGAAGUCCUGCACCGCAUGAACCAGGACCUCGUCUCACACCAGGUCAAAUCUGAUUGGUUGAUCUGUAAAUAUGGUAACAAGCUGAUGGGGAACCAGGAUGGCAGUCAGAGGAAGUACGGCUAUGUGAGCCAGAAGCUGCGGGAGCUCGGCAGGUUCCUGCUGGCUGCUAAGUCCCUGGACUCGGGCAUUGAGACCCUCCAGGAUCUCUUGGCGCCAGGUCGCCUCAGUUUGGCGCUAGCUGCCGCUAGGAAGGCGUCCGGUUACCGUUGGAGCCGCCCACCGCUGGCAGUGAAGACCACACUGAAAACGGUCUGUGAGAUCGCCAUCGGAGAGAGUCUGCAGGAUGGCGACUGGGAGGCCGCGGCCAAGACCACCGACUUCUACCACCUGCUGGGGAGGGACUGGGACAACCUGGGGCUGCUGACCCCUGACCCCGACACAGCGGCGCCGGUUGGAGAAGCGAAGCUGAAGAAACGAUCCGUCCAAUCAAGAAGUGAGAAGGAGGGUAAGAAGUCUGGUCCGGUGCAGUCUGACCUGAGACCACAAAUUCCAUCAAAGACCAGUAUCAGACCAGUGGAGUCCAGACUGCAGCCUCCCAUCACAGUCCCUGUGGCGCCGAGGAAGGUCCACCGGCGCCCCUGGUCUUCUGCAGAGAAGGAGGCGGUCUGGAGACAGCUAGGAGUCCAUGUGCUGGUCCAGUCAGUACCGGGUAAGGAGGUUUGUCAGCGAUGUCUGGACCUGGAGCCGGUCCUCAGAGGACGACACUGGAAAGACAUCAAGAACCAGGUCCACAACCAGAUCCAGAGCCAAAAGAAGCAGCAGUUCCAUGCUCAGAUGGACCUUCAGGAGAACCAGGAACAACAAGACCAGAUCCAAAAUCAGAAGCAGCAGCAGCUGUAUGAGGCUCAGAUGAACCAUCAGGCCAAGGACCACACCCAGAACCAGAAAAAACAGCAGUACCCUACCCAGAUGGACCACCAGGACCACACCCAGAACCAGAAGAAACAGCAGUACCAUAUUCCAAUGGUCCACCAGGACCAAGACCACACCCAGAGCCAAAAGAAACAGCAGUACCCUGACCAGAUGGACCACCAGGACCAGAACCACAUUCAGAACCAGAAGAAACAUCAGUAUACGUCCCAGAUGGACCAACAAGACCACAUUCAAAUCCACAAAAAGCAGCUGUGCCAUGCUAGAUUGGACCACCAGGACCACAUCCAGGUCCACAAGAAGCAGCUGUACCAAAUGGACCAGCAGAACCAAGGACUGCAGACCACCCUGGACCGGGACACGUCUUUACUGACAGGGACCCCUUACGGGUCUGAUGGGCCACAUCGAGCCCCUGGACAGUCUCUGCUGGACCGGGACCACAUCGGUCCAUACACACUUCCCCAUCGGGCCCCGGGACCCCACAUGGACCAGUUGCUGUCCAGGACUGUGUGGACAGACGAGUCCCUGGUCCAGAACUACCCAAUCAGCAGGCAGCUGACCAGGAACCUCCUCCAGGAUACGGCCCCAGGUGGACCACCACCCAACCCGCACUCUGGACACAUCCACUUCUGAUGAACGGGUCCAGUCCUGAUGGAGGGUCUAGUUCUGACGGGCGGGCCUGGACCCUGGGCAGCUGAUACAUCUGAACUUCUGUACAAAAUAAAAGCUUCACCUGAAGCAGCAGCUGUCUCCAUGGAGACGUGCUGUCUGACUCAAAGAGACAAAGACAAAUGUCCAUUUUGUGUCAAAUCUUCUAUAUUUACAUCAAAGAUUUUCACUUUAAUAUUUCUGUAUUUCACCAAAUCACCGUCCAGUAUUAUUAUUGUUGUCAUGGUGACGCUGAUGUCACUCAUCCUGUUGUUGUUGUUCUGUCUCAUUAUUAGCAGCUGUGUCAGUUCUGGACCCUGAAGCAGCUGUAAAGAGUCCGGUCUGUCCUGGUUUGUGUUCGUCACCACUUUCAGGAACCUAAAAGCAUAAAACUGUCACGAGUCACAUUCUGUGUUUAUACUUUAUUACUGAUCAGAGUCUUCACUGGUCCUCCGGAUCAGGUCUGUCGGGUCUGACCCUCAUUGGUUCUCUCUCUGACUGGGUCUGUGUUCAGGUGUACUUCAGACUGGUAGCAGACCAGGUCCAACAGUCUAGUGUCUGAUCAGAUGUCGUUAUCCAGAUAAAACAGCGGCCUCAAAAAGUAUUUGAACAGUUAAACUAUCAGCAAACUUCCUCCGUUCAUAAGAUUAUUUCAUUAAAUGUUACAUAAACUGAUAUCUGAUCCAUAAAAAACACAUUAAGCACAAUGCUGAACUCUGACUGUUCUACUAAAAUAAAUCAGGAUGUCUUGAACAUAAACCUCGAAACACGUGCUUUGGUCAUGUGAUGAAUUAAAUCUAUUAUAAAUGACCUUUGAGCUGGUCGGUUAAAAGCAAAGACAAGUGAAGUGAGCUCAGAGAAAAGGUCAAAAGGUCAAUCCAUUAGUCAGAUAAGCAAAAAAACUCAACCCUCCGUCCUCCACAGUUGAGGACUUGUGACUGAGAACAGAAGACCAGCAGCAGGUUGGAUCAUAUAACUGAGUAAAAACAGGCCAGAAACAGCAGCAGGGGAUCAAUGAGAAUGACCAGAUACAGCUCAGAUCAAUGAGUGUGUUUACAGACAGAAACCAUUCAUAAGCUCAAAGCAUAAGACAGCAAACAGCAGCGUUCGGAGCCUGCAUGGAUGUGAUGGGAGGAGGUCUGUGUGGAGAAGCCUGCCAGGCAGCACUCAGGGUCUCGGUGCAGCUGAACCUUUAUUAUUGAUGGAAUCAUGAACUCUGAAGUGCACAAAGGAAUUUUGGAUGCAAACUCAGAGAAAGACAAUGAUCUAAAGCAUCCCAGCUGCCUGUCGUCUCAGACUGGCCCCCCCAGAGCGCUUCCCUGAACCCUGAAGAGCACCUUUGGGUGCCAUGGAGAGCUGAAGGCUCUUCUGGCUGAAACAUGGAGGACAUUUACACCACAGCUGUUACAGAAACCAGUUGACUUCAUGUCCAGAUGUUCUGCAAGCUACAAGCUGGCAAACUAAACACUAAAACAUUGUAACUGUGAUCAGACGUCCAAAUGAUUUUAUGUCUUCGUUUUGAACUUUAUGUUUGUUGUUUCAUCGUUUCAAACUAAAACUUCUUUUGUGGAA